AUGGAUUCGGCGGGGACUACGUCCACAUCUGAAUCACGUGAAGACUUCGAGCCCUGCUCCAGAGCUGUGGUUGAUACUCCAGAAGAUGGCUGGAUCCAUGAUCCGGCUGCUUGGUGAGCACAGUAAUAAUUCAUAGUCUACAGUACCCUUACAUUGCAAAAAAUAUUUUUUUAGGGAUUACUUUUGCUCUCUGUUGACCAGUCUAUAUGCCAUGUUUAUCAUUGUGUUUGCUGUUGUAAUGGAAUUAUCUCAAAAGUUUACAUCAGAUGAAUGGUUUAUGGAAAUGGUAGGUCUUAUAAGUACAAUAUUUUUUUCUAAUUUCUUCAGCUCUUCUACAGUUACAUGUAUGGUACUGGUAUUACUUUUCUUCUCUAUUGUUAUCUCUUUCAAAUGCAUCCAGCUUGGUUGAACGGGUUAAUAAAAUGGCUUGAACGGAAGAAAUGGAUUUGUCCGGGGAAUACGGUAAGUGAUCACUGUUACUAAGGAAGGGUUCUAAAAUAGUAGUUGAUGGGCUAAACAUUUCAGGAAGUACCGCAGACAACCCAUUCGAGUGACGGCGCCGGAUCGCUUUAUUUACGAUUGGGUACCUUAUGUAAGAUGCUCUUUAAAAGACACCAUGAAAGAAGGGUGUACCCUAGAAUUUGACCUUCAUAUUUUCUGUAAUGUUAUAGGCUGUAAAUUAACGCAAUUCAUCAUAUUAAGAAAAAUUGAAAAAUACGUCAUAUGAUGACAAAUAUUUUGAAAAAAUUCACCAAGUGUUUUAGCACCCAAUAUGUCAUCAGCUAUGAUUAAAAAAGUGGGGGUCAAAUUCUAGGGUACACCCUUUAAAUGGUUUUUUGUUAACGCAAACCAUGCAUGUAUUUAGGCUUUGGAAGCAGUGGAAUUGUUCUCUUUUGUCUCGAGUUCUUCGUUUGCAUAUCCGACCAUCUCUGUUUUGCUUAUCGACUGGUCAAUUGGGUAUUUGCCGCAGCCUUUACCUUCAUCCAAAUGCAUUUCAUAUUCUGUAAUUCGAAGGUGAGUAAUGUGAUUGGUGCUCAUAUCUCCAUAGAUUAUAAUUACAGAAUCUAAAAACUUGGCCAAGCUUGGAACCAUGCAUUUAUUGGCCGUAAAUGUGUGGACUUGGCUUCGAUUUGUGAUAGCAAAACAUGAUGGAAAGUCGGUUUAUGUGGAGCAUAUACUGAACAGGUCCGAUUCCUUGUUAUUACCAAGAAUCGAUGAAGUAAGAGCAUGAAAAUUGUUCUCAUUAUACUGGUUUUAGAACUAUUCAGUCCCUCCGGAUGAGAUUUUAUCCAUCAGAAUUUAUUCUUUCUAUUAUUUCGGAGACUUCGCAACUUUGCUGACAACUUGUAUUGUGGAAUACUCGGUAAUUGGAGCUGCCAUAAUGUUUGUUUUAUGGCGAUCCAUCGACGAUCAUUGCAUUCCCCCGAGUUAUCGACCAAAACGCAAAAACAAGGUGCGAAUUGAUUGCAGGUAUGUAAAUUGCCGGGUCGAUGUAGUGAUUUCAGUGCAUCCUCUGCCGGUCUAUUUGCGGGAGUAUUGUUUCUGAUCUGUGCUCUUGUUUCCAUUGGCAUCUACACCAUCUUCAGCCAGCACAGUGAUGACCGCGGGGCUCUGUUGGUAUUCCGAUUGUCCGAUUUCGCUCUAUUUUGUUUUACUCUGAUCGGAUGUAUUGUUGGAUUGUAUCGGUAAGAAACAGCCAGCAUCACCAUCUAAUCAAUCUUUCAGGAUGCGUUUUCUCCACUAUCAAAGCCUGCAGAUUAUGACAAAUGCAGAGUUCUUGGAUGAGAUCUUAUUGAUCAUCGGAUUAUUGGGGGAAUUGAUCCAUUCGAGUACGGGAUUGAUGUGCUGGAUAACAACUCAAUCAGAAUGGGGUCAAAAUAAGAUGGAGACAUACAUGUUGGUGGUGUUUGUGGUCAGAGAGAUCCAAGUCAUCGUGCAAGCAGUCUUCAUCCUGGUCUCUUCCAGGUAUGUUAUCACUCAUAGAUAAUAUUAUCGUUGAAGAUUACGUGCUCAAAGUCCGAAGGCAAUGUCUCAGAAGCCGGGGAAACAGUUUGUGACCUUCCUUCUGAUCGCCAAUGUGUCUCUUUUCUUUUUUCAUACCCUAGAAGGGAUGAAGUCGGUGUUUGGAGAUGCCAUAGCCUCCAGAAGGACCAAGCCUUAUGCUACUUUAAUAUGCGCAGUGGCCCCUUUGGUGGUCUUUUAUCGCUUCCAUUCAAGCGUUUGCUUGGCCGAGAUUUGGAAACAUUGCUACAAUACUAAAAACAGUCCAAGAUCUUUGAAAUCGCCGGCUUCAGAGACUUCUGUGGCUACAAGAACAUCAUCAAUUAAUGAGAGAGAUCUUUUUUGA